GCGAUGGUAGAAGCUGCUGGGAUGGCGCUAGUAGCGAGUAUAGAUUGAAUUGGCGCGGCCGAUCCGGUCAAUGCGGUGCGAUGAUCUUCCCAUUGAUGAAGCUGGCCACUCUGGCAUUGCGGACGCUGAGCAAGCCCGUGGCGAAUCGGUUGAAGAAGACGGCGGCGCAUCAUCCCAGGUUUCGCGAGUCGAUCAGCAAAAUGGCGCAGCUCAACCACAGGUUUAGCGUGAAUCUGCAAAGGCGGAUCUAUGGCCACGCCACGGAUGUGGAAAUCCGGCCGCUCAACGAGGAGAAGGCCGUGCAAGCCGCGUCGGAGAUGCUGGGCGAGUUCUUCAUUUUUGGGGUUGGAGGAGCAGUGGUGAUUUUCGAGGUGUCGAGGAACGCGCGCUCGGAGGAAGCCAAGAGAAAGGAGGAGGCGAGGAAGGAAGACGAGAGGAGGAUGAAGGAAGAGGCGAUCAUGUCAAGAAUCUCCGGAGUGGAGACGCGAUUGGAUGUCAUCGAGGAAUUGCUGCGAGGGAGAGGAUAACUUUCGGCCGAAGAAACUUUCGUUUUUAAAUAUCUUCUUACUCCAAUUUUGGAGGCCCUUGAAUUAGGGUUCUUGGCUGUAUAAAAUUCGCUAUUGGGACUA